GAGUUGAGUGUCCCGCGCGCGCCUGCUGCUGGACUGGAGCGCUGGUUCCCGCUGCUCGGGGCACCAGCGGGUGCGGCGCUGCGGGCGCGGAUCCGGGCGCGACGCCUGCGCGUGCUGCCGUCGGAGCGCUACAAGGAGCUGGCCGAGUUCCUCACUUUCCACUACGCGCGCCUCUGUGGGGCGCUCGAGCCCGCUCUGCCUGCUCAGGCCAAGGAGGAGUUGGCAGCCGCCAUGGUGCGUGUGCUGCGGGCCACCGGACGGGCGCAGGCAUUGGUGACAGACCUGGGCACUGCAGAACUGGCACGCUGCGGAGGCCGCGAGGCACUGCUUUUCCGAGAAAACACAUUAGCUACUAAGGCCAUUGAUGAGUACAUGAAGCUGGUGGCACAGGAUUAUCUCCAGGAGACCUUGGGGCAGGUCGUGCGGCGUCUCUGUGUCUCCACUGAGGACUGUGAAGUGGACCCCAGCAAGUGCUCCACCUCAGAGCUGCCCGAACACCAGGCCAGACUCCAAAACAUCUGUGAGGAGGUCUUUGAAACCAUCGUCCACUCCUACGACUGGUUCCCAGCAGAACUGGGAACCGUGUUCUCAGGAUGGCGAGAAGUGUGCAAAGCACGUGGGUCUGAGGCACUAGGCCCCAGACUGGUGUGUGCCUCUCUCUUCCUGCGGCUCCUGUGCCCCGCCAUCCUGUCACCCAGCCUCUUUGGCUUGGCACCAGAGCACCCAGCACCUGGCCCAGCUCGCACCCUCACCUUGAUCGCCAAGGUCAUUCAGAACCUUGCCAACCAUGCACCGUUUGGUGAGAAGGAAGCCUACAUGGGCUUCAUGAACAGCUUCCUGGAGGACCAUGGACCCGCCAUGCAACGCUUCCUAGACCAGGUGGCUGUGGUAGAUGUGGACGCUGCACCUAGUGGUUACCAGGGCAGUGGUGACCUGGCCCUCCAGUUGGCAGUCCUGCAUGCCCAACUCUGUACGAUCUUUGCUGAACUUGACCAGGCAACCUGUGACAGCUUGGAACCGCUGCCCACCAUCCUACGAGCCAUUGAGGAGGGCCGGCCUGUACCUGUGUCUGUGCCAAUGCGUCUCCCACUAUCUGUGGCCCAGGUCCACUCCAGUUUCUUCGCAGGGGAGAAGCCCGGCUUUCUGGCACCCCGCGAUCUCCCCAAGCAUACUCCCCUCAUCUCCAAGAGUCAGUCUCUGCGCAGCUUUCAGGGGGCUGGGUGUUGGGCAGAGCGGCGGCGGAAUGAGGAGCGGCCCCCGCGGCGGCCCCGGCCAGUGCAGCGCACGCAGAGCGUCCCCGCCAGACGCCCAGCCCGCCGCCGUCCAUCUGCAGAGCCCCGGCCACGACCCAAAGGUUUCCUACGCACCAGCUCCGCGCCCCGCUGCCGGCCCCGGACCGGGGCUUCCGCCUCUUUGCCUCGAAAGCCGUCGGUGCCCUGGCAGCGCCAGCUGGACCAGCCACGGGACCGAGAUCAGGCGCUGGGGGGCACGCACCGACCAGUGGGCAAGCUGGCAGAGCUACAGUGCGAGGUGGCUGCUCUGCGCGAGGAGCAGAAAACGCUGUCCCGCCACGUGGAGUCGCUGAGCACCCACAUCCGGGCCUUGACCGAGCAGCAGGAACAGCUGCGCCGCCAGCUGCAGGAACUGGACUCUAGGCUCAGAGCUGGGACUUCGGAGCUUGAUCCAGAGGGUAGUCUUCCAAGGACCGAGGGCCACAGACUGAAAACUCUGGAGCGUCGCCUGACUGAGAUGGAGCGAACUCAGGUCCAGCUAAGAGAUGCUGUCCAGAGCCUACAGCUUCUUCCAAGAAUAUCAGAGUCUCAGAGCCAGCCCCUGUCCCCCAAAGCACCAUGCAUCAAUGGAGACACCACCUGAAAUGCCCAUCCUACCCCACAUCGUCUGGGAGCCAGCCAAGAGAUAGCCAUCUUGGGGGGUUGAUGUCUAAAGCCCACAUAAUCCCUACAUGGAGAGUAGAAGUGGAGGUACUUACCACUCUGGUACUCUGAGGUUGCCCAGUAAAAUCUUGAUUUCAGCCCCUAAGCAUUGCUAAAGAGAGAGUCCCCCUGCCUCCUAUUCAGUUCUUCAAUUCUCCCCUAAUUUGAGGUAUAAUGGGGAAAGACAUGUUAGCAGAUUCUAACUAGCUGUGUGACCUCAGGGCAUCACUGUAGGAUCCUCCACUCCCUCAUCUGCAAGAUGGAUCUAAAGUUCCCUACACAGUGAAGACCCUUAGUUAAAGGUAUCAAAUAAAGGGUAUUUGAC